GCGCGGCCGGCGCGUGGAGCCGGUUGGCGGCGGAUCCGGUCGCGCCUCACGAGGCAGCCGCGGGCGCGCCGCCGGGCGGGCGGGGUGGGGCGGGGGAGAGCCGGUGCCGCUCCGGUCCCGCGCCCGCCCCGCCGGCAUGGGGCUCAGCUGAGGGCGCCGCCGGUGAGUGGGGCCGCGGGGCGGCGGGCCCGGCCCGGCCCAGCCCGGCAGGUGUCUCAGCCGUUGUAUGUAUGAGAUUUGUCCACACACUGGCUCUUCAGACAGGUCUUCCAUAUCUCAAGUCGAGAAGUUCCAUAUCGUACUAAACAUGGAGAAAGAAGAAAAGAAAUUUGUCAAUAAAGCAGAGGAGGAUGAGAUGGAGAUCUAUGGUUAUGAUCUGUGUCGUUGGAAGUUGGUGCUAGUUACUGUAGGAGUGAUCUGUUCUGGUGGCUUUCUUCUCCUCCUCCUCUACUGGAUGCCUCAGUGGCGUGUGAAAGCAACAUGCAAAAGGACUACGCUUAAAGACUGUGAAGUGGUUCUGCUGAGAACAACUGAUGAAUUCAAGAUAUGGUUUUGUGCAAAGGUUCGCCUUAUGCCUUCUUUGGGAGCCAAUCCUUUACAGAAUCCUAACCCUAUUAUACACAAGGUUUCAAAUGGCCAUGCUGUUCAUUUCUGUGAAUCUGCUGCAGAAGAGAAUAAAAAUGAUUUGAAAAAAUAUUUGCCUAUUCGUUAUUUUACACAUCACAGCGUGAAGUAUUUCUGGAAUGAUUCAGUUCAAAGUUUUGAUGUUGUACGAGGUCUAGAUGAAUCUACAUUCUGUUCUUCAAUUCAUAACGAACACAGCACGGGACUGACAAAGGGAAUGCAUGAUUACAGAAAAGCAUUCUAUGGAGUAAAUGAAAUUGCUGUGAAAGUGCCUUCCAUUUUUAAGCUUCUGAUUAAGGAGGUUCUCAACCCUUUUUACAUUUUUCAGUUGUUCAGUGUGAUAUUGUGGAUCACUGAUGAAUAUCACUACUAUGCAUUAGCAAUUGUGAUCAUGUCUGUAAUAUCCAUUGUUAGCUCACUCUACACCAUUAGAAAGCAAUAUGUUAUGUUACAUGACAUGGUAGCAGCUCACAGCAUUGUCAGGGUUUCUGUCUGCAGAGGAAACCAAGAAAUAGAAGAAAUCCUUUCCACCGACCUUGUGCCUGGAGAUAUCAUGUUGAUUCCAUCUAAUGGGACAAUUAUGCCCUGUGAUGCAGUACUUCUCAGUGGUACUUGCAUUGUAAAUGAAAGUAUGUUAACAGGUGAAAGUGUUCCUGUCACAAAGAUUAAUCUACCAAAUCCUUCAGAAUAUCCGAAAGCAAUGGGAGAUGAAAUAUACAGUCCAGAAGUGCAUAAACGGCAUACUUUGUUCUGUGGAACCAAUGUCAUUCAAACCCGUUUUUAUACUGGAGAAUUGGUCAAAGCUCUAGUACUGAGAACAGGCUUUAGUACUGCUAAAGGACAGCUUGUUCGUUCCAUACUAUAUCCAAAGCCAACUGAUUUUAAACUCUACAGAGAUGCCUAUUUGUUUCUCCUGUCUCUGGUAGUGGUGGCAGGCAUUGGGUUUCUUUACACAGUUGUCAAUAGCAUCUUAAAUGAGGUUCCGGCUCAUACCAUCAUCAUAGAGUCUCUUGACAUUAUCACUAUCACGGUGCCUCCAGCGCUCCCUGCUGCCAUGACUGCUGGCAUUGUUUAUGCACAAAGAAGGCUGAAAAAAAUUGGCAUUUUCUGCAUCAGCCCACAAAGGAUAAAUAUUUGUGGCCAGCUGAAUCUUGUGUGUUUUGAUAAGACUGGCACACUAACUGAGGAUGGUUUGGAUCUUUGGGGAAUUCAACGGGUGGAAAAUGCUCGUUUCCUUUUGCCGGAAGAGAGGGCUUGCAGUGAGAGCUUGCUGAAGUCUGAGUUUGUUGCUUGCAUGGCAACUUGUCAUUCCCUUACAAAAAUUGAAGGGGUACUUUCUGGGGAUCCGCUUGAUUUGAAGAUGUUUGAAGCAAUAGGAUGGAUUUUAGAAGAAGCAACUGAAGAGGAAACAGCCCUUCAUAAUCGAAUCAUGCCGACAGUGGUUCGACCGUCAAAACAACUUUUCCCAGAAUCCAAGCAAGCAACAAAUCAAGAAAUGGAGUUGUUUGAGCUUUCGACCAGUUAUGAGAUUGGAAUUGUGCGCCAGUUUCCAUUUUCUUCAGUUUUGCAACGUAUGUGUGUAAUAGCGAGAGUUCUAGGGGAGAAGAGAAUGGAUGCUUACAUGAAGGGUGCCCCUGAAGUGAUUGCCAGCUUGUGUAAGCAGGAAACAGUUCCUGUUGACUUUGAGUGUGUCCUGGAAGAAUACACGAAGCAGGGCUUCCGAGUUAUUGCUCUUGCUCACAGAAAACUGGAGUCUAAACUUACGUGGCACAAAGUCCAGACUAUUAAUAGAGAUGCUAUUGAAAGCAACAUGGAUUUUAUGGGGUUAAUUAUAAUGCAAAACAAGCUGAAGCAAGAAACCCCUGCUGUACUUGAAGAUUUGCAUAAAGCCAACAUUCGCACUGUCAUGGUUACAGGGGAUAACAUGUUAACUGCUAUCUCUGUGGCCAGAGACUGUGGAAUGAUUCUACCUCAGGAUAAGGUCAUUAUUGCUGAAGCACUACCUCCAAAGGAUGGGCAGGCUGCCAGGAUCAACUGGCAUUAUGCAGAUACCUUAGCAAAAUGCACUAGUUCAUCACCAGCCAUAAACUCAGAGGAUAUUCCAGUUAAAUUGGUCCAUGAAAGCCUUGAGGAUCUCCAGAUGACCAAAUACCAUUUUGCAAUGAAUGGAAAGUCAUUUGCAGUGAUUUUGGAGCAUUUUCAGGACCUGGUACCCAAGCUUGUGUUACAUGGCACUGUGUUUGCUCGCAUGGCACCUGAUCAGAAAACUCAGUUGGUGGAAGCUUUACAAAAUGUAGAUUACUAUGUGGGCAUGUGUGGAGAUGGAGCAAAUGACUGUGGCGCGCUAAAGAGGGCACAUGGUGGUAUAUCUUUGUCUGAACUUGAGGCUUCUGUGGCAUCACCAUUCACUUCCAGGACACCUAGUAUUUCCUGCGUGCCAAAGCUGAUCAGGGAAGGCCGUGCUGCUUUAAUAACUUCCUUCUGUGUAUUCAAGUUCAUGGCAUUAUACAGCAUUAUCCAGUACAUCAGUGUUACUCUGCUAUAUUCUAUCCUGAGCAAUUUGGGAGAUUUCCAGUUUCUCUUCAUUGAUUUGGCAAUCAUUUUGGUGGUUGUCUUCACUAUGAGUCUGAACCCUGCUUGGAAGGAGCUUGUUGCGCGAAGGCCUCCAUCAGGUCUUAUCUCAGGUCCACUUCUGUGUUCCGUUUUGUCUCAGAUCAUCAUCUGCCUUGCUUUCCAAACCUUUGGGUUUUUUUGGGUCAAACAGCAGUCCUGGUAUGAGCCUUGGACAACAGAAUCUGAUGCAUGUAAUGUAUUGGAUGCCACAAACAACAGCUCUGCACCCCAUGGGAAUGAGACUCUUCACGAUGAACAUUACAUUAAAAAUUAUGAAAACACAACUUUGUUUUUUAUAUCCAGCUUUCAGUACCUCAUAGUGGCAAUUGUCUUUUCUAAAGGAAAGCCCUUUAGACAACCAUGCUACAAAAAUUUUCUGUUUGUUAUAUCUGUGAUAGUUCUUUAUGUCUUCAUAUUUUUCAUCAUGUUGCAUCCUGUUGAAUCUAUUGACACAUUUCUUGAGCUCGUGUGUGUGCCAUAUGAGUGGCGCCUAAGAAUCCUCAUCAUUGUUAUUCUCAAUGCAAUUGUAUCCGUGCUGACGGAGAAUGUCCUCCUUGAUAUGAUCCUUUGGAAGGUUGUGUUCAAUCGAGACAAACAAGGAGAAUAUCGCCUCACCAUACCCCAGCCGCCUCAGGAGGCUGUAGAUCGCUGUGGAGUCUGUUUCCUUUCUUCCCUGUUUGGCUGUAGAGAGAAGACACCAAAAGCCAAGUAUAUGCAUCUAGCUCAGGAACUGCUGGUUGAUCCAGAAUGGCCACCAAGACCCAGAACAACAACAGAAGCGAAAGUACCAUCCCAAGAAAAUGGUUCAUAUCAAAUCAUCACUGUAACGUAACAGUGGGUCUUGGUGGCAUGUGUCUUUAGUAGUAUUCAGAAGAAUGUAAUUUUAAGGCUUUAUUUGAAAUUGCGGUAGACUAAAUGUCAAAUUCGAAUGCAGAUAUUUCCAACUGUUUUGUCUCUCUGAAUACAAAGUUCAGAGCCAGACAUCUUAUGGCUACACAUUUUAAAAAUGUAGGUUACCUUAGGCAGAACAAAAAAUUAUUGUUUCCUUCUAUCUUCUUUCAAAUUUUGUUAUUCCUGAAUGAGAUGUAUUUGAAGGUUUAAACUGCAGGGCAGUUAAAACAGGUUCACUUUAUUUGCCUGGAGUAUCUUAAUCGUUGUUCUAACCUGCUUACCUGGGCACGUGUUCAUGUAAACCCUAUGAUGUAAUCGUCUCAUGGUAGUACUAGAGGUACAUAAUAACCUCGUCAUGCUUUUUUUUCUUUUCUUUUGACAUUCACUGUUGAAAAGCUUUGUGCCUCAGAACGGUUCUAAAGUUUUGGUGUGUGUACCUCUAAGUUUGUCCCUACUAGUAAGGAGUGUUUUUAAGUUUAAUUCUUUAGUCUGCCAUAGCAGGAAUUGGGAAUGCUAUAGAAACAAUAUGCUUUGUCCUUAAGGAGAAAGCACAUUGCUUUCAAGUGGGUUCUUAGCUUCUUUUCUAGCUAACCCCAAGGAAGGGCUUAGGUGGCCUGCAGAGGGGGAGGCAUUUGGCUACGCUAAAGUUUUUGGAGAAGGAAGGCUGGAGAAUCUUAACACUUUCUUCUGUCUCAUGUUUUAUUACAUUUAGCUAUACAUUUCUCCACAGACCUUGCUUUUCCUAGCAGAAGGGUUGGAUUUUCCCUUUGUGGACCAUGUUUUGUUUUAAAUCUUAAGACAAUUUUCCUAUAUACCUUGAAGUAGUAAGGUCAGAGUUACUGCUGCAAGGGAAAUGGGUGUGCGAGGGAGGAAUAUUUUCACAUGCCCACGCUUGGGAUUUGUGCAUGUUAAGAACAUAUGCAUUUCAAAGAGUCUGCUAGUGUCUUAAGCACUAUAUGUAGCUGUAUGAAACAAAAUUAAGAGAAAAUAGAUGAGCUAAAAUCUGUCUUGCUGCAGAGCUAUAAGGCUUAUGUGGAUUUUAUUUAUUAAAAAAAAAAAAAAAAAGAAAAAAAAAGAAAAGCUUACAUACCAGUAACACUGCUUAAGCACUUGGGGUAGUGAUAAAUUAUUUUGCCAUUAGGCGGUGUCAAAACACAAGACCACUAGAAAAAUAGGUCUGCAAAGAUGUAGGGGCAGGCAUCAUUUUCACGUGCAAAGCUUAACACUUUCCUUUCUUUUUUUUUUUUUUUUUUUUUUUUUUUCCUCCUUAAACCACAAAUUACUUAUCUCCAAACCAUCUUCAACUUGCUAGACUUUCAGAAAAAUCUUUGGUGUCUUUGGGAAGAUGAUAAAAUACCGACUCUUGAUCAACCUGUUUUGACCAGAUGCAACUGACUGGUUCAGACACCUCCAAGCUUUGGGAGGGGAUCUGGGAUCUGGAGAAGUUAUGAUGCUGGAGAGAUCCUUUAGAGAAGGAAGUCAGGUCCUUUAGUCGUGGAAGGAGGGCCCCAAACUCCUUGGCCAGCUGGGAUCAUUUUGAAGUGUGUAUAUUCUGAUGAUGGAAUUUGAGGUUUUAUUUGGGGGGGGUGGGGGGGGGGAUUGUUUGGUUGUUUUUUUUUAAACUCCUGUGGAGACAGUUCCAUUCCAGCACUGGUUUAAUAAGGGGAAUUUUUCAGGUUGGGCCUAAUUCCCUUGUGCUGUUUUGUAAGGCAGUAUGGACAGUGUCCCCCACUGCUCAUGUUAUGGUUUCUGCAGUGUUGAACAUACUGUGCCAAUGGGGAAUUUAAAAGUGGUGCUAAAUGGUUUGGAAGACUUUUUCCUAGAACUUGUGGGUUUAAGUUACUAGUACUUGCUCCUCAUAAAUAGUAUGCAUAUGGUAUACUAUCCUCCAGUCCAGCUGUCAACUCUUUUCCUGAUUUUUUUUUUUUUUUUUUUUUUGGGGGGGCGGGUGGUGUUUGGUUUUGAGGCGUGGAGCAUGAGGAAGGGGGAAGUGGUUUUCUUAGCAUUCAUUCAACAGGACAAUGUAAAAGUCUUAUUAUCCUGGCUUCUUAAGGUCAUAAACGUCGAACAACAUCAGUAGCUUUUAAGGCGUCUGCAGUUGUGGACUUGGAUAAAUUUAUUAAUCAUGAACUUGAGUCAGCUGGCUAAUUUCUGUCAAUGUUGGUUUUCCAAAAUCUUUGUAGCAUGGAAUAAUUGAUGAAGAAUAAUUCUUAGCUGCAUAAGUAGUAUUCAAAUUUAAAGAAAAAUAAUAUUUUAGUUGAAAAAUGUUGUGAAGCUAUGCAUCUUGGACCUGGGAGCUGUGACUUACCCUUAAACGCAUAAGCUUUUGCUUUCCAAAACUUUUGCUUUCCAUUUCAUUGACCAUUUAAACUUGAUUGUUCCAUCAGAAGUAAAAGAAAAUAUUUGUGUCUUUCCCUUUCAUAUGCUUUUGCUUAAUACUUCCUCUAAAAUGAUAAUUUGUCUCAGCUUGUUUGGUUUCUGAAGCUAGUCUUUCAAUCUUAUUCUGGUUUUAGACUUAUCUAGAAAGUGAUGAGGAAACAGCUUAUUAGGGUGGGCUUGUUUUUGGAGAACAUUUUAGGGAACUCUUACUAAAACUGAAAUUGCCAAGUGUCUCCACUUGAUUGAGUGACUAAUGGUUCAUAAGCCUAUUAAACUUGAAUAUUUUGCAAAUGGGAGCUAGUUUCCUCAAGGUAUGCAUUCAGAGUUAGUAAAUGUUCUUGAGGUUGCAUGCUUGAGCUCUGACCUAUUUGCUUCUGACGCUUAGUCAAGAAUAAUAAAUCAGCUUUUCUGAGAAUCCUUGUUGUUGCAAGUUCAGCCACAAAAUAAGCUUUUGCAUCUUCUGCAAUUAUUGGGAUUUAUGCCUUCCUGCCCAAGAGCUGAGUUUGGCCACCUAUAAUUUUUCCCAUUUUGAGCAGUUUAGUUUUUCUGGUUUUCAGAAAUGCAGCAAACUAGAUCUGCACUAGUGUAUUCAGUUUCUGCUUUGAAGUAAGAUGAAAUUCAGUUUGUAGUGAAAAGAAUCUCUUCUAAUGUUCAUCUUGGAAGUCUGAAUUCAGGUGAACAGACCAAUUUAGUGAGCUCCACUAGAUACUUCGUAGACAUUUUCUUCCUGCUGUAUAUUUUGGCCUUUACGUUGAGGAGUUUGAUUUAUUCUUAAAUUAUUUGUGUAUGCAGACUUUAAUCUGUACGUAUUUUACUUUGAUGUAUUAGGAUUUGUAAAUAUUACUGAUUUUUAAAUAUUAUUUAUGCACAUACUUAAAGGACUGGUCUAUCCAGAAAAGCAAUUGCUAAAUAAUACAUGUUAUUUUUUAGGAAUAAAUUGCAAGAUCAUUAAAUUGUAUAUCCCUCAGGGUUGUUUUUAAGGUUUUCUUUUUUUUCUCUUCCCUUCAGAUUCAAUUAGCAGUAACUCUUGUUUCAUGUACUAUAGAACUAAAUCUACUGUAAAAAGAAAAUGCUGCGAAUAAUGCUUGAGUAGAAGCGGCUAAAACACCCACAGAACUGACUGUCCAUAUUCAUCGUAACUUUAAAUUGGAAACUCUUACUGUUGCACUUUUUAAAAGUUGUUGGAUUUUUAAUUCUAUUUAUUUUUGUCUUUCUUCAUGAAGGUUGUGCUGAACAGUCAUCCCAAAUUGGGUAAAUAAUCCUGUACUGUAUAUGUGUAUACAGUAUAAUACUAAGCAGAUGUGGAGUCCUUUUUAUGCUGCAAAUUUUUAAUGCUUAUGUUGGUCAUCACAAAAUGAGAGAGCUAAAGUUCUGUAGGAUUUCUCCCAUGAAAUUCUGAAUUGUAAACUUAGGGUUUUGUAUGUCUAAGGGAAAGCUGUGGGGUUUUGACAAUUUUUAGAGUCUUGAAUAUGUUGAUUUUAUACAGUAAAGCGUCAAGUUUUUAAAGCUAUUUUCAACAAACUGCAGCUUCUUUGAUAAUUAUGUGAAGCAGAAACUACUCAGUUUAUCAUGAAUUCCUCAAGCCUAACACAAAUUAAAAGGUUCAUCAUUACCGCGCUCUCUAGAAGCUCAGCUUCCUUUUUAUUUUUAGAUCUGAAAUGAUACUACAUCUUUGUAUUUAAAAUAUGUAUUGCUGCUCUAGAAUGGUACCCUGUUGUCAAGAGGCAUACAUAAAUAACUGUACAAUAGAAUUGUAAAUAGACUUGUAAAUCAUUUUUGUGACUGAAGCUCUUUGAAAAUAAAAUUAAAAUGAACAGA